AUGGCCUGUCCUGACCCCCGCCUCUCCCCCUCUCUGCCCACCCUGCAGCAGCGGCCCUUGAAACAGUCCCUGGGAAGCUCCCUGUGCCGAGAGUCGCACUGGAAGUGCCUGCUCCUCACGCUGCUCAUCCAUGCCUGCGGCGCCGUGGUGGCCUGGUGUCGCCUGGCCACGGUGCCACGGCUGGUCCUGGGGCCUGAGGCAGCCCUGGCCCGCGGGGCCGGGGGCCCACCACCCACCUACGCAGCCAGCCCCUGCUCCGAUGGCUACCUAUACAUCCCGCUGGCCUUUGUCUCCCUCCUCUACCUCCUCUACCUGGCCGAGUGCUGGCACUGCCACGUGCGGGCGUGCCAGGCGCCGCGCACAGACGCCAACACCGUGCUUGCCCUGAUCCACCGGCUGCAGCAGGCGCCGCCCUGUGUCUGGUGGAAGGCCACCAGCUACCACUACGUUCGCCGCACCCGCCAGAUCACCCGCUACCGGAACGGCGACGCCUACACCACCACGCAGGUCUACCACGAGAGGGCCGACAGCCGCACGGCUCGGGGCGAGUUUGACUACUCCGCCCACGGCGUCCGCGAUGUCUCCAAGGAGCUCGUGGGCCUGGCUGACCACGCGGCCACGCGGCUGCGCUUCACCAAGUGCUUCAGCUUCGGCAGCGCCGAGGCCGAGGCCUCGUACCUCACCCAGAGGGCCCGCUUCUUCAGUGCCAACGAGGGCCUGGACGACUACCUGGAGGCCCGCGAGGGCAUGCACCUGAAGGACGUGGACUUCCGCGAGUCCCUCAUGGUGUUCGCGGACCCCCGCAGCCCGCCCUGGUACGCGCGCGCCUGGGUCUUCUGGCUGGUGUCGGCGGCCACGCUGUCCUGGCCACUGCGCGUCGUGGCCGCCUACGGCACGGCCCACGUGCACUACCAGGUGGAGAAGCUCUUCGGCGCCAGCUCGCCGCCCCCCGGGGCCGUGCCCAGCGGGCCCCCGCUCUCCCGCGUGGCCACGGUGGACUUCACCGAGCUGGAGUGGCACAUCUGCUCCAACCGGCAGCUGGUGCCCAGCUACUCGGAGGCUGUGGUCAUGGGCGCCGGCUCUGGCGCCUUCCUCCGGGGCUGCCCGCGCUGCCGUCGCUCCCUCAGCAGCAGCUCGCUGCCCCCCGCCCGGCCCAGCGGGCCCCGCCUGCCUUUCAGCCGCAGCCGCCUCUCCCUGGGAGCUGGGGGCCGGGCCACGCCGGGGGUCUUCCGAAGCCUGAGCGGGGGGCCGCUGGGGCGCCGUGGGGAGGACACAGAGCCCCUGGAAAGCCCACCAUGCUACGAGGACGCCCUUUACUUCCCGGUGCUCAUUGUCCAUGGUGAUAGCGGCUGCCAGGGGGACGGGCAGGGUGCACUCUGA